UCAGACCCUGCAGUGUUGUCAGGCAAAAUAUAACAGCAGCAGUAGGAGCCGAGAUCUGCAAUAGAUAAACACACACUCACACACACCAGCUGGAUUGCUCGCAGACACACAACCACGAGCACUGGGAGGCAGGCGCCAUAGAACUGGAGGAUUGUGCCUCUGGCUUCUUUAAUAUCUUAUUUUAAUGGGCGUAUUGUCAUCUAUCGUUUCAGUGGAAAACAGCCGCCGAGGGAGAGAGGCAGGUGUGCCCUUUAAGAGGGGGAGCAGCUGAGGCAAGGGCAGCAUCCGAGUCUCCAUCCUCUGUGGAGGUUGUGCGGUCCUAUAGAGUGCAAGAAAGAGAGGAGGUCGGUCAAAGCUGCCCGGUUUUCUGUUUCUCGUUCCUUCCACCCGGAACAGGCUGAAAUGGUUGGCAGCGUUCACAGGCCUAAACCUGUCUGAGUGAGCCCUAUGAACACAAGACCCAAUGGACAUCAAAGGCCAGUGUUGGACAGACGAGGAGUCGGACGGAGAGAAUGAGUCGGAGCAGUUCCUGUAUGGCAUUCAGGGGAGCUGUGCUGCUGACCUGUACCGUCACCCUCAACUGGACGCAGACAUCGAGGCAGUAAAAGACAUCUACACUGACAGUGCCGUCUCUGUCAGAGAGUAUGGAACCAUUGACGACGUGGACAUCGAUCUUCACAUUAACAUCGGUUUCUUAGAUGAGGAGGUUGCGACAGCUUGGAAAGUUAUCAGAACAGAGCCCAUUAUUCUGAGACUGCGCUUUUCUCUUUCUCAGUACCUCGAUGGACCUGAGCCAUCGGUUGAAGUGUUCCAGCCCUCCAAUAAAGAAGGCUUCAGCCUGGGCCUGCAGCUCAAAAAGAUCCUGAGCACGUUCACCUCGCAGCAGUGGAAGCACCUCAGUAAUGAGUUCCUCAAGGCCCAGCAGGAGAAGAGGCACAGCUGGUUCAAAGCCGGGGGGACCAUCAAGAAGUUCCGUGCUGGGCUCAGCAUCUUCUCCCCCAUACCCAAGUCUCCAAGUUUUCCUCUGAUCCAAGACACAGUUUUAAAAGGGAAGUUGAGUGUCCCUGAGCUGAGAGUGACCCGCCUGAUGAACCGCUCCAUCUCCUGCACCAUGAAGAACCCUAAAGGGGAGCUGUUCAGCUACCCCCCAAACAGCCAGACUGUGGCUGUCCCGGCGGCCAGGGCCCCAGCGCAGAUUACCACGAGGCAGCUGAUUGAAUUGUUUUUCUCAUCCCAGGCGGGCGGCCACUGCAAGAACAUCCCCACCUUGGAGUACGGCUUCUUAGUGCAGAUAAUGAAGUACUCAGAGCAGAGGAUCCCCACGCUCAACGAGUACUGCGUGGUCUGUGAUGAACAGCACGUCUUUCAGAACGGAUCCAUGCUGAAGCCCGCAGUGUGCACCAGGGAGCUGUGUGUGUUCUCCUUUUACACUCUGGGUGUGAUGUCCGGAGCUGCAGAGGAAGUGGCGACUGGAGCAGAGGUGGUGGACCUACUUGUGGCUAUGUGUCGAGCUGCUCUAGAGUCUCCCCGUAAGAGCAUCAUCUUUGAGCCCUACCCAUCAGUCGUUGACCCCAAUGACCCCAAGACUCUGGCCUUCAACCCAAAGAAGAAGAAUUAUGAGAGACUGCAGAAAGCUCUGGACAGCGUCAUGUCCAUCCGGGAAAUGACCCAGGGCUCAUAUCUGGAGAUCAAGAAGCAGAUGGACAAACUGGACCCUUUGGCUCAUCCGCUGCUACAGUGGAUUAUUUCCAGUAACAGGUCUCACAUCGUCAAGCUGCCUCUCAGUAGGCAACUGAAAUUCAUGCACACCUCCCACCAGUUCCUGCUGCUCAGCAGUCCCCCGGCCAAGGAGGCUCGUUUUCGCACUGCCAAGAAGCUCUACGGCAGCACCUUCGCCUUUCAUGGUUCCCAUAUAGAGAACUGGCACUCUGUUCUGAGAAAUGGACUAGUCAAUGCCUCUUAUACCAAACUGCAGCUGCAUGGUGCAGCAUAUGGAAAGGGCAUCUAUCUGAGCCCCAUCUCCAGCAUAUCUUUUGGAUACUCAGGAAUGGGGAAAGGACAGCACCGCAUGCCCACCAAAGAUGAACUGGUGCAGCGUUACAACCGCAUGAACACCAUACCACAGAGCCGACCAAUACAAUCAAGGUUUCUUCAGAGUCGAAACCUGAACUGCAUCGCUCUGUGUGAAGUAAUCACGUCUAAAGAUCUGCAGAAACAUGGAAACAUCUGGGUGUGUCCAGUAUCCGACCACGUCUGUACUCGCUUCUUUUUUGUGUAUGAGGAUGGCCAAGUAGGAGAUGCCAACAUCAACACCCAGGAGCCUAAGGUUCAGAAGGAGAUCAUGCGCGUGAUUGGGACCCAGAUCUACUCCAGCUAAUAGAGGUUCACCGGCGACGUUCACGGCUGGAUUUGUCUCUCUGGAGGAGGCACACAGGCAGGCAGACAGAUAGAGCGAAUGUUCGGGCGAGCUGACCUCAGGCCUCAUACUGAAGGCCGAGGAAGCUCUUGGGCACAUUAUUUCUAGAGUCUUUUUUUAUUUUUUUAUUUUCGCUGCUCCUCACAUCUCUUUGUUCCUCCUCUCCAAAUAGAUUAUUCCAUCCUUCGUCCGGUGUAGCCGGGUCAAAGUCGGUCCACUUUUUCUCGGUUCAUGACAUUAACGACAAAACUGUAACAGUCUGGUGGAGACAAACGCAUGGUGGUCACUGGUGUCGCGCUCCACACAUACAGUGCACACGCCCACUCUGAGAUCUUGGGUCCGCUGGGCUUUGUCCUUUCUUGUCGCACUUAUACUGAUCCUUUGGACUAAUUCUCUCAUUCUUUCUCUUUGUGAAUAUAUCUAGUGAAAAAAGAAAAAAAUCAUUUGAAACAAUAAUUAAAUCCCUUUGUGGUUGGAUGGAUUUACAUGCACAUAGAAGUGUGUUAUCUCACUGUGUUUGCGAAGGCAUUAUCUCUGAUUAGUUUAUUAAAUUUUCUUUCGACUAAUGACUUGAAUUAAGGUCUGUGACGUGGUUUAUCUGGCGGGGCAGGCUUUGCUCUGUCAUUUUGUCCUUGUCCUCUGGAUGAAGCUGCCAGAAUCGAGUAAGCGAGCUGUGUCUGGACGUCACAUAUGCUACAGGCACUUUGAUUAUCCAAUGUAAAAACCCAACAACUAACCGUUUUGUGAUUUUUCAUGACAGGAUUCAGACCGUUCUGAACAAUGAUGCAUGUUCAAAAAAAACAAAAAACGCAGCUUCUGUCUGACUGGACAGACCUGUCACAUGACAGGUUGAAUAAGAAUAUGGGUCAUGAAAUGUAGUUAUGUCUUCAUUUAGUUAUAUAUUUGUUAUAAUCAUGAAUGGGAUUAGAGCCUAUAAUGUAAAAAGGGUUCAUUCCACAGAAAAAAUGAACACCCACUGUUUUGCCGAUAUUUUGAUGUCUUUGUUCUUUGUUUUGUUUUGCCGAGGGUUGCCUGUGUUCCACUAGAUGUCACUCCGCCAUUCAUUUUGCAUAAUCAUGCACUGAAAAUAUGCCCCCGUCUUGUUAUUUUGACCAAGACGGGAUCAAAAAUCAGUUAACUUUAGAGGACACAUCUUUUCCUCUGGAUACUUUACUUUGGAAUAAAUCUCUUUGUGUAUGAACUACACUCAUUGGAUUCACAACUUUCAAAAAUUCACUGUACAGAAAAAAAACAUGGACAAUUUGACCAAACUAUCGACUGACAGUAUCCAGUCCAGGUGAGCUCACCCCCCCCCCCCCCCCCCCCCCCCCUCCCCC